AUGGCCUUCACAGGCCUUCUUGUUUUGCUGUCAUCUACACUGGCAACAGGCAUUCAUCAGGCAUCUCCAUGGGAGCUUCGCUUGGCGGCCUUCAAUGAUAUCCUGCAUCUGGGACGACGCUCUACGCUUUUGCAACGCAGCUCUUUCGUGAAAAAUCUGGACUACAAGAUCAAGUUGAGGGUUUGCAGCGCAUAUCCAGCCGACGCCCCCUUCGAGGUUCUGCUGAAUGAGGUUCCUAUCAAGGAAGAGCUAGAGUACAAGUCCUGCUUUGAGUACACAGGCGACUUGCGCUCUGGAGACAAUGUGAACUUCAAGGUUGCAGGACUUGCGUCAGGAUCCUUCACCAUUGAUGAACUCCCACAGGAGGAUGCAACACUUGUUUUGGUGGUACACCGCCACGACAAGGCAACCAUGGCUGUCUCUUUCAUGUCGCAUGUGUUUGCAAAGCUCUCUGGCCCACAAGUUGCAUUGCUUGAUGCCUACCAGGGCUCCUCAUCAUCAGUGGUGGAGAUACAGCCCAAGGACGACGACGAGAGCAAAACCGAGACGUUGAGGUACAACUCUGUCAUGGCCCUGGAUGAGGCUACUUACAAGGUGACGCUCGCCAUGGGAGAUAGAAAGCAGGAGUACGAGUUGGAUGCGCAGUCCGACGAAGCUUAUGCUAUCAUUCGUUGUGGUGUCGAUUCAGAGAUCCUGAAGAGCUACAAGCAGGUGCUUCCUCCAAUGUCCGUUCAGCGCAUGCUGUGCCUAUAUGGCACAAACGCGCAGAAGGAGAAGAUCCGAGCUGCUCGCAGUCAAAGUACCCUUGAAGCUCCGUGGAAGUCACGCGUGAAGCGACGUGAAUUCAAGCACAAGCAGGUGCAUGGAGACGUCGACAGUUUAGAUGUAGGACUCCACUUGACAUUUCAAGUUCUUGGUACGCUCUGGCUGCAAGAAGCACUGGGUUGCCGAAGACUUCCUUUUGCUUUGUCCAAAGAAUACUGCGAAGGCUUGACUAUCUUGAAUCAAAGACUUCAGUUGUCUGACUCUACAGGCGAUGAUUUCAAUGUGGCAAACGAGACCCUUCCGCAGCUUUGCUUCAAGUGCUCGGUUGAGGAUAGAUUGAACAAGGCAAUGAGAUAUUUGAAGUUGGCUCACCGUGAGGUCGAAAGGCAGAACGAAGCUUUGGCGGAGCAAUAUGCUUUGGCAAAGGAGCGCAGAGAGAGUGCCCAGUCCAGCGCGCAGCUUGCAGCGAAGUUGGGACUCGCUGACGACCAGAAUGAUAGAGAAGUCAAUGGAAAAGAAAAGGAGCAAAAGGAGCAAAAGGAGCAAAAGGAGCAAAAGGAGCAAAGAGUUUGUCAUUGUCAAAGAGAACAAAAGGAGACAGAGCAAACGCUUUUUGGUUCCAAACGGAGCUCCCAGAAAAGUCUCGUUCAUGGAGCCACCUAG